GUUGUGAUGAGUGGGAGGAGUCGGUUCGUCCCAGCUCAUAGUAGGGGGUGCAUUACUUCGUUCAAGUACAUUAAUACGUACAUGCGGAGGAUCGGCCCCGGCCCGCUGCGUUGGGCACGCAAGGGACCGACGGAUGGGCGGGCCGGUGCCCGUUUCGGGGGGUUGGCUUUUUGCCGUCGUUGUUGCCUUGCGUGGGGGGGACUCUGGAACGAGGACGGAUAUAAUGUGUUGUGGUUGUCAGGGGGGAGUGACAAAAGGGCUGCUGACGGACUGUCAGUGACACUGUCUCUCUGUUUCUCUCCUCUUAUAUCGAACCGGAAAAGGUUUUGCAAACACGCCGUCUGCAAGUCAGACUUGAGUUGCCAACUUACUUCCUAUUCAUUACUAUAAAUUAUUCCAAGACACAAGAAAGCUCCGAGCCUCAUCGACCCCGCGACGACGCCUCGACGACAGCCGCGGGAGACGACUCGGCAACCCAAUCCUACCACGACAUUGUCAGCACACCUUGAUAGAAGACAAGGCAGGAGGAGGAGAAGAAGAAACUUGGGGCAUUACAAGAACAACUCUUGCCAGCAAGUCCAGCAUUGAAACGCACCGUCGCCCCGGGACGCCGCUUCGAGAGAGCAUCCUGAGACAGGGCACGCACUUUGCAACAGACAGAUCCCCCCUUUGGAUCGGACAGAGGGCAGACACGGAGAGGGAAACGGAAAAGACACAAACAUGGUGCGGCACUACAACUUCGGCGUCGAAAUCGAAGCCAUCGGCAGGCCGUACGGCGGCAGCAGCAGCGGCGACACCUUCUCCAACGUCGACUGGUACCGGCAGCUGGCGCAGAAGCUGCAGAACCGGGGCAUCCCCGCGGCGCACGACGACUGCUCGCGGUACAGCAAGCACCCCGAGUACUACGGGGGCAAGUGGUUCGUGACGCGCGACGGGUCGCUCAAGCGGCCGCGGCCCUACGUCUGCAUGGAGGUGGUGUCCCCGCGGCUCGACACCACCCAGCCCGUGAGCCGCACCCUGUCCGACUUUUGGGAGGCGAUGCGCGUCCACUUCAGCCCGCAGCGAGACGCCUCGUGCGGGGGCCACGUCCACGUCACGCCCGUGAGCCUGCGGAACCGCUUCUCCCUGCGGUCGCUCAAGCGCAUCGCCUUUGCGGCCCUGGCGUACGAGGACUUUGUCGCCGCCGUGCUGCCGCCGGGGCGACGCGAGAACCAGUUCUGCCGCCUCAACAGCCUGAGCCCUGAGGCGGGCGUAGGGCGUCCGGGCGGUCCUCUCGCCCCUCUCCUUCCUGCUGCUGCUGCUGGUGGUGGUGUUUCGGGGGACGGCAACAGCUACGGCAACAGGAAGAGCACCGCCGCCCUGCGCCGCGUCGCCGAAGAGAUCCGCGCCCUGCCCGGCGAGACCGAGCUGUACCUCUACAUGCAGGGCAACCGCUACGUCCUGUGGAACUUCCAGAACAUCUUCCCCAACCCCAAGACGGGCCGCUGCACGGGCACCGUCGAGUUUCGCGGCGGGAACCAGUUCCUCAACACGAGGGGCACGCUGGCGUGGGUGGCCUUUGUGCUGGGCUUUAUCACGCUGGCCCUCAAGGAGAACCUGCUCGACAACUUCACCACCUACGUCUCCCCCGCCGAGCCCAACUUCCCCCACCGCCUGGCCGAGUGGUGGGUGCGGCUCCGGCGCGCGGCCAAGAAGUCGCGGAUGAGCCGCCACCUGCCCGACGACUGGACCAAGAUGAAGUCAAGAUAAAGCAAGACAAAUGGAAGGGGGGCAACGUUAUUGAAACUGACACCUUUUUCCUUCUCUGAGGGUUAAACUAGGGUAAUGGGGGAACGGGAGACACGGGUCGCUUGGGGAGCUUUCAUUUUCCUCCGCUUCCUCAUUUCAAACAUUCUUCCUCAUCAUUCUUCAGGGCUGCGACCGGGUGCGUCCUUGUUUCGGAGCUCCAGCUGGCUGGCUGCUGGUCCGGCUGGCUUGUGCCGGCAUGUCUGUCCGGCUUGCCUAGGCUGGUGGUGGUGAUGGACCGAGUUGGACAGCGGAAGGGGUCUCUCUGAUGCGGGUGGAAACCGAUACAAAAAGCCCGCUCCCGUGCUCUGCUACAGUACCCUUCCUUCCGACACAAGUAGGUAGAGAGCAUGCGCAAGCCGUACCGUGCUUGCUCGCUCGCUCACAUUACAUCAGACGUGGGUUGGCCCACGGAGCAACAAGCACCGUUACAAAUACAGCAGCAACAACAGUAACAAACCAACAGUCACAAACGUAC